CAGGAUUAAAUAAUAAACCCGAGGGAGAAGGCAAUCCGGGUAGCGCAAGUACUGAAAGCAGCCAAAGUACUGAAAGCAAUGAAAGUACUGAAGGAGUCCAAAGUACCGAAAGCAACGAAAGUACUGAUGGAGUCCAAAGUACCGAAAGCAACAAAAGUACUGAGGGAGUCCAAAGUACCGAAAGCAACAAAAGUACUGAGGGAGUACAAAGUACCGUAAGCAACGAAAGUACUGAAGGAGUCCAAAGUACCGAAAGUAACGAAAGUGGCGAAAGCAAUGAUGGUGAAAACGUCGAGGCUUUUUCACGGAUGCUCGUGUUCGAGACUCGUUCGUGCAAACUCACAGCCUUGGAUGUCGAGAAUCUAACCAACAGUUCCAUAAUACACGAGGGGUUCAACUCCAGCCGAAAAUGAAAUUUUGAAUUGUACUUGAAAGACUCCAUUUUCUUCAUCAAUAGCACCGACACUAUCAAAUCGACUUCGGAUAAUUAGCCCGAGAUGAAGAUACCAGCCAAUGGAUUCGCCAUUAGUUUCAAUGUCGUCUCGUACACAAUGGAAGUGGACUUUACCAACAAAAAGUUAUACGCGAUCUGGAAACACUAUACUGAAGUUUAUAAACUCUUUGUACUUGACCUGGUGAAACAACACUACUCCAUAAUACUGACUGACUUAUAUGUGCCAACUGAUCUUGCGCUGGAUCCCGCUGUGGGAUUGCUCUUUAUCUCGCAUUAUUCUUCGGUGAGUGAAAAACAUAAUGUAUUUUAUCGUAUGCAUAACGAAAUGAUUUUUAAAUUGUCAGAUCCUGAGAGUCAGUAUAGAAGGUUUAUCGCCUAUGCAUAUUGUGCAGCAACCAGCAAAUUCUCGACUGGAACCAGUCGUAUCCGUAGAUAGGACAGAGCAGCGAGUCUACUGGUCCACGUAUACUCAGGUUGAGAGUGCAGACUACGACGGCAACGAUAAACGCUUUUUCGCGCUAAUCACAGUUUUUCCGACCCACUUGAGAGUUAUCGGCGGUCAUCUCUUCUGGUCAAACGAUUCGACAUUAUGGACGUGUCAGACCGAUGAGAAAACUAGCUUAUGCAGUUCCGCUAAGCAAUUGGUGAAAUCAAAGGUUACGACUUCAAAGAAAUGUACUCUAUCGUUAAAUCCAAGCCAAAUCCCUGUGCUAAGAAUAACGGUGGGUGUGAACAGCUUUGUCUGUUGAGCAACAGCACUAGCGAGGGUUACAGCUGUGCUUGCGAACUGGGCCAGAAGUUGAAGGAAGACCAGAAAAGCUGCGUUGGAGCUACCGAUCAGGGUUUCUUGAUGUAUUUGCAGGGCGAUUUUAUUCAUGGAAGGGUGAUUGAUCGUCUUGGAAUCAAGGAUAACGACGAGCCGCGAUUUGGUGAGGUGAUCUACCCAGUAUUUACUCCAAGUUUCACCGUGGAAAAGGCCAAAGUAAGACAUUUUGCCCACGACGUUCGCGAGCGUGCAGUUUACUUUGCCGACGAUAUAGCUGUAUGGAGAGUAAGCCUAGUCGAUUUUAGAAACAGUUAUUACGGGUAUAGGAUUUCAAUUGCAAAUUACGCCUAGCCACCUACUGGGUUUCCAAGAUGAUCUACGUUAGCAUGAGCUCCUAUGAUGACGUCGCCACGAAGAUAAAAAACGAGUUGCGCGUCUACCUCUACGGCUACUACUUCAACCCAAUUGUAGAAUACAAAAAUCGACAUUACAAAAGUCUGCUCCGCUACGACGAUCAAUACAGACUUAGAAGCGUUGUAGCCCAUCCAAACCGUGGCUACAUGUUCUACGUACUUACGGAAGUGAAAAGCAAUACUUCGAGGCUGGUGAGGAUCAACAGCGAUGGAUCGGAUAGGCAGUACUUCCUGGCCAAUCGCCGUGUUAGGGAAAUCGGCCUGACGAUUGACUUUCUAGAGGACAGACUGUGCUGGUUCAGUGAGGAUGGGACCAAGUUGGAGAGCGUUAAAAUUGAUGGCUCGAUUGAUUCGUUAAGAAGGUAGAUAUUCUGAAAUUUUUGCUUGAGUAGGUUUAGACAUCGGUACAUAUCAAUGGUAUCCGAACCAUAUUCUAUGACUUUUGACGAGAAUUUCGCCUAUGUAAGCAACUUUAGAUGGGCCUGGCGCCUGAAUAAGAAAACCGGUCAUUCGGCUGUGUAUUUGAAACACGUGAAUCCAGAGAGGCACAUGUAUUAUCCAGAUCUACUGGCCGGUGUUAGUUACCACAGCAAAGCGGCUCAGCCGAUUCUCGAGAAUCAUCCCUGUUUCGUUGACAACGGGGGCUGUGAAGCUUUCUGCUUUGCGUUGCCUGAUAGCAAAGAGCCCACGAGACUGAAGAAGCAGUGCGGAUGUUUGGAAGAUGAAACGCUACGACCUGAUGGCAGGAGUUGCGUAAAAAACGUAUACUGAAGAGCCGUUUUUGAAAUUACUUUAAGGCAGCAUUAAUAAAAUGAUAAACUCGAUUAUCAGACAACGCGUUCGUGAUUUCAAAUUAUUUAUAGACAAAGACGAGCCCCAAGAAAGUAAUGCUUGUCUUGCCACAGUAUCAAUAUUUAUUUGAUCGAUUUAAUCGCAUCUUUAUCGUGGCACUGUUAUCUUCGGAUAAAAUAAUAAAAAUGGGAAUCCCCUCACUCGUUAUCAAAAUUGUCUAGCACUUGGAAAAUCCAACCAUCGUUUCUGCACUUUGUACACGUAUCAUGCGAUGUUUAAAAAAAUGCGUUCGAUUCACUCACACAGG